AAAAAGCAGAAAUAAGACAUGCACUUCCUACAACAAAUCACGAUAUGUAAGAUGAGGUACUAUUAAAGAAAUCGUUCUACCUUCUUACUGAUAUAAGUCAAUAUCGGCGAAAGUUACUGAUACAGGGAUAUCGACAAUUACAACAGUGAUUAUGGAGGUCAAAAUCAUGCUAGCUUUUGUUUUCUGUGCCUGUGUUUGGCUUGCAGAAGGAAAUGCUGAAAAGAAAGGACAUCGUUACAGUAUCAAGCUUCAAGAUGAUCCAUGUAAUUUCAAUACCUACGACAUUGACAUGGACGGGAUAAUCGCUAAGGACGAACUGCUGGCUGUACUCAGUAUAAAUGACGCAGACAACACUCUAUUCGCUCUCGUAGAUUUGAUGGCUGAAGACAAAGUAAUAAAACGGGACGAAUUUUAUGCCUUGGUACCGAUGUUCAUAGCUGAAUGUUCCGACUCCAACAAGGAAUAACAUCCUGCGUCUAUUUCCGUGAAAGUUAUGUUUACAAUAACAAUCGAAUUUCUACAGACAAUAAAAGCAAUUUAAGUGAA